UGAAUCAAUCACCUCCUCUCUCUCUCUCUCACACACACACUCACUCUCUCUUUCACCCUCCAUUACAGACUUGAAGAGUUUGCUCUAUUUAUCAGCCAUAGCUAGCUUUUAGAAUUUUUGUUAUAUCUUGAACCUCCCCAACUCUUUAAGCUUCGAAAACUCUUUAGCUGAUAUAUAUAUAUAUAUAUAUAGAUGGCUUCAAAAGUUGGUCUUACUUUGGAGCAAACACCAACCUGGGCAGUUGCAGUUGUCUGUUUUGUGCUGGUUGCUAUAUCAGUUGUCAUUGAACACAUCAUUCACUUAGUUGGAGAGUGGUUAACAAAGAGAAACAAAAAGGCUCUCUAUGAAGCACUAGAAAAGAUUAAAUCAGAGCUUAUGCUAUUAGGGUUCAUAUCUUUGCUCCUAACAGUAGGACAAGGACCCAUAUCUGGAAUUUGUGUAUCAAAGGCCAUUGGAGCAACUUGGCAUCCAUGCAGUAAGAGGCAAGAGAACAAGUACCAGGGUGUUACAAAGAAAUAUUCUGGUGACAAUAGCCGGAGAAACCUUCUUGCAUUUUUGGAAGACACCGGUGAAAAUCAACGACGUGUUUUGGCCAGUCCAAAAGAUGACAAAUGUGGAGCCAAGGGUCAAGUUCCCUUUGUUUCCACAUACGGCAUCCACCAACUCCACAUUUUCAUAUUUGUAUUGGCUGUUUUCCACGUGCUUUAUUGUCUAAUCACCUUGGCUCUAGGCCAAGCAAAGAUGAAAAAGUGGAAAUCCUGGGAAAUGGAAACAAGGACAACUGAGUACCAAUUCACACAUGAUCCAGAGAGGUUCAGGUACACAAGAGAGACAACGUUUGGGAGAAGGCAUUUGAACUUUUGGAGCAACUCUCCCAUUCUUCGUUGGAUUGCUUGUUUCUUCAGACAAUUCGUUAGAUCAAUUGCAAAGGUUGAUUACUUGACUCUCCGCCAUGGAUUCAUUAUUGCACAUUUGGCACCACAAGGUCAAACUAAUUUUGAUUUCCAGAAGUACAUCCAAAGAUCACUUGAAGAGGAUUUCAAGGUUGUUGUUGGGAUCAGCCCAUUAAUCUGGCUCUUUGCAGUAUUAUUCCUACUGUUUAAUACCCAUGGCUUGUAUUCCUAUUUGUGGCUACCCUUCAUCCCACUGAUUAUAAUUCUACUAGUAGGGACAAAACUGCAAGUAAUCAUAACAAAGAUGGGGUUAAGAAUAGAAGAGAGAGGAGGUGUAGUAAAAGGAACACCAGUGGUGGAGCCAGGUGAUGAACUCUUCUGGUUCAACCGCCCACGUCUCCUUCUCUAUCUCAUCCACUUUGUUCUCUUUCAGAAUGCAUUUCAACUGGCCUUCUUUGCAUGGGCAUGGUAUGAAUUUGGCUUGCGUUCUUGCUUUCAUGAAAAUGUGGUGGACAUAGUCAUCAGGUUAACAAUGGGGGUUGUCAUUCAAAUACUUUGCAGCUAUGUCACUCUCCCACUCUAUGCAUUGGUCACUCAGAUGGGUACAACUAUGAAGCCAACCAUCUUCAAUGAGAAGGUAGCAAAGGCUCUAAGAAACUGGCACUACAAUGCAAAAAAACACAUAAAACAGAACAACCGCCUCACAGACGGGUCGGUGCCUCCAUCACCAAGCAGACCUGUAAUUCACCAGCACGGCAUGUCCCCUGUUCAUCUUCUCCGCCACUAUCGCAGUAGUGAAAUCGACAGCGUCCAUACCACUUCCAGGAAUUCCCACUUCGACAACGAAUACUCAGAAAAUGAGGGCUCGUUUUCCCCCUCCCACUCGUGUCACCAUGAUGAUGCUCCUCCACGGUCUCACCAUGGUAGAAACCGUGACUUGGAGGUGCAACCAGAGACAGAGGGUCAGGAGAUGAGCUCAUUCCCUCCGGAUCCUCAUGCUCACCAUGAAAUUGACAUUCCCUCCGCUGGUUUCAGAGGAGCAAGAAUUUGAGUACAGAAAACGAUUGGAUGAAAUGCAAAAGACAAACAAACUCAAAUGUUGCAACACUUUGUACAGAAUUUUAGAUUUUUCGUUAGCGGACAACUUUCAUGCUUAGGUUUUCCACAGCUAAGACUGAAAAGGUCAAGAGUCAAUUUUCUCUUCAAUUGUUUAUUUCUUUUUUA